AUGUUCUCAAUUAAGACCAUACCACCUUCCUCCACUCAAUCCUUCUCAGAUGAUAUACCGUCCACUCAUCGGAGACAUCCAGCUGAAUUAGAGGCUAUGGAUUUAGACGAAGAUGAAUUUGGUGCUGGACCAAGCAGGAGGAACAUCGUCACUCCAGGAGAGAUGAUAACCAGCUCCAAGGAAUACAUGAGGGGUCACGGUACAUACGUCGAAGAGACCAAUGUCAUCUCAAGUGUCACAGGCACGAUAGAGAGGGUCAAUAAACUUAUAUCAGUCAAACCCGUUCGAUCAAAAUACGUUCCGGAAGUAGGAGAUCUAGUAAUCGGACGAAUUGUUGAAGUGGGGCCUCAGAGAUGGAGAGUCGAUGCGAACGGGCGACAAGAUGCUGUGUUGAUGUUAUCCUCGGUGAAUUUGCCUGGUGGUGUACAACGAAGGAAGAUCGAAAGUGAUGCAUUGAAAAUGAGAGAGUUUUUAGCUGAAGGAGAUUUAUUGGUUGCUGAAGUCCAAGCUUUCUUCGGUGAUGGAGCAAUGUCGUUACAUACUAGAUCACUGAAGUAUGGUAAACUACGUAAUGGUCAGCUUCUCACUGUGCCACCUCAACUGAUUCGUCGUCUCAAAUCGCAUUUCCACCACAUUCCUCCACCAUGCGGACCCACAGGCGUAGACGUGAUAUUAGGCUUGAACGGGUACGUGUGGGUAUCGAACGGUACUUCGCAGGAGAAGAGGGAAGGCGGAGAAGGGUUCGAUUCUGAGGGUGUAUAUAGCGAUAAGAAUGAUGAUAUCCCACCCGAAUGUAGACAGGCCAUCUCAACUGUAUCCAACCUAAUUAAACUCCUUGCAGAUCAAGGUAUACCCCUUACCGACACGUUGAUCGAAGAAUCGUUCAACUGGUUAAACCAAAAUCAGUUACCUCCUGGACCAUUAGCUCAACCUGACAAAGAGAGGAUGUUAGCUGAAGUAGUCGGUAUUGAGGUAUCUGCGUAG